ACCUAAACUAUAUAAAGUUAGUGUUUUCUCUGUAAGCUCAGCCUGUUUCAAGCCAGCAGAUCAGUGAGCGACAAUGAAGGUCUGGUUUCUGCUGUUUCUGCUGCUGCCACUCUGCCAGGUUUCUACGGGGGAAGCAACAGAAUUUAAAAUUGAUUGCUAUGGGGAGGAUUUCCUAAUGGUGAGGAACAUGGUCCUGCAUUGUACCAGCAAAGUUCAACAGGCGUGUUACACCAGAUCUUCUGGAGAAAAGGGCUGCAUUCGAACAGAGUUCUGUAAGAGACCUGGCUGGAAAUGCUGCUACACACCGCUCUGCAAUGCUUAACUUUAACAGCAGAGAGAGCUAGACUGACAUCAAGAGCUAAAUA